AUGAACGCUACACACACCAGACUUGAUAGUACUAGCACCACACCCCACACCGGACUUGACAGUACUAGCACCACACCCCACACCAGACUUGACAGUACUAGCACCACACCCCACACCGGACUUGACAGUACUAGCACCACACCCCACACCGGACUUGACAGUACUGGCACCACACCCCACACCGGACUUGACAGUACUGGCACAACACCCCACACCGGACUUGACAGUACUAGCACCACACCCCACACCAGACUUGACAGUACUGACACCACACCCCAUACCAGACUUGACAGUACUAGCACCACACCCCACACCAGACUUGACAGUACUAGCACCACACCCCACACCAGACUUGACAGUACUAGCACCACACCCCACACCAGAUUUGACAGUACUAGCACCACACCCCACACCAGACUUGACAGUGCUAGCACCACACCCCACACCGGACUUGACAGUACUAGCACCACACCCCACACCGGACUUGACAGUGCUAGCACCACACCCCACACCGGACUUGACAGUACUAGCACCACACCCCUCACCAGACUUGACAGUACUAGCACCACACCCCACACCGGACUUGACAGUACUAGCACCACACCCCUCACCAGACUUGACAGUACUAUAGCACCACACCCCACACCAGACUUGACAGUACUAGCACCACACCCCCACACCAGACUUGACAGUACUGGCACCACACCCCACACCGGACUUGACAGUACUGGCACCACACCCCACACCGGACUUGACAGUACUAGCACCACACCCCACACCGGACUUGACAGUACUAGCACCACACCCCACACCGGACUUGACAGUACUAGCACCACACCCCUCACCAGACUUGACAGUACUAUAGCACCACACCCCACACCAGACUUGACAGUACUAGCACCACACCCCCACACCAGACUUGACAGUACUGGCACCACACCCCACACCGGACUUGACAGUACUGGCACCACACCCCACACCAGACUUGACAGUACUAGCACCACACCCCACACCAGACUUGACAGUACUAGCACCACACCCCACACCGGACUUGACAGUACUAGCGCCACACCCCACACCGGACUUGACAAAAUUGAAUUCAUUGGUAACAAAUGUCAACGUUCUGUAAUUUCAUACAAAAAUAGUAAGGAAAGAGAAAUUACAGUCUUCCGGAAUGGCAUUUCAAGGAACCACUACAGAAUUAAUUGUAUAUUCAGCAAGGUCGAUACCAAAGGCAAAAUUCUGAGGCUGUUCGUCACGGGUCGCGCCAAUGGGUCGAAGUUGCAGGCUGGAAAACUUGCUGGACGUUGUAAGUUUGCUGGACGUCGUAAGUUUGGUGGACGUUGUAAGUUUGGUGGACGUUGUAAGUUUGGUGGACGUUGUAAGUUUGGUGGACGUUGUAAGUUUGCUGGACGUUGUAAGUUUGCUGGACGUUGUAAGUUUGCUGGACGUUGUAAGUUUGUUGGACGUUGUAAGUUUGGUGGACGUUGUAAGUUUGGUGGCCGUUGUAAGUUUGCUGGACGUUGUAAGUUUGCUGGACGUUGUAAGUUUGCUGGACGUUGUAAGUUUGCUGGACGUUGUAAGUUUGCUGGACGUUGUAAGUUUGGUGGACGUCGUAAGUUUGCUGGACGUUGUAAGUUUGCUGGACGUCGUAAGUUUGGUGGACGUCGUAAGUUUGCUGGACGUUGUAAGUUUGCUGGACGUUGUAAGUUUGCUAGCCGGUGCAUAUUUACUGACUUCGAGGGCGCCGUUCUCCUAGUGGCUUCCGUUCCGUUAUGGAACGUGUGA